AUGUGUGUCCAACCCUUUCUACAGGAGACAUUAGAGAAGCAUCAGGAGGGUUUAAAGAGGCAAAGGGAAGCAGUGAAAUACAGACUGAAGAAGCUGGCAGCCCGACAAUCAGAAAUCACUAAAAAGUCCUCAGCGAUAAAGGAGAGUAUCGUGAGGAAAUAUAAGGAGAUCCAGGCCGUCCUGGACGAGGACCUGAGGAUGACCCUGUCCCAUCUGGAGAUGGAGGAACGGGCUGUUGUCUCCACUCUGGAUGGACUGAUGGAGAGGAACUGUUCUCUGAUCCAGGAUAUAGAGCAGGACCUGGCCAGACUCAGUGUGGCACUGGACCAGACCCUCACACCGCCUGAUUCUUUCUUUUCAUACGCUGAGCAGCAGGACAUGCAGACAGAAGACAGAGUGAUGAACCUGCUGAGCACAACAGACCCGAGUAGCGUGAACCUGGACGAGGCAAAAGCUGAACAGAUACUCAGCCUCACCAACAACAUGCUUCUGCUAAUCCGAUCACAGACGCCUAUAAUGAAGAAACUCAUCAAGAGCUAUUCCAGUGAGGUGUGUCUCGAUCCAGAGACAGCCCACCCAAAGCUCAUCAUCUCCCACCAAGGUGACAGUGCUACCUACACAAAUGACUGGCAGCAGCUCCCAGACCUCCCUGGACGCUUCGACACCACCCUCAAUGUCAUCAGCUUGCAAACUUUCAGCUUCGGCCGCCAUUACUGGGAGAUGGACGUGACUGGGAAAACUUACUGGGAGCUGGGCAUCACCUACCCAACCAUCCCUCGCAAGGGCACCACAGAGGACUGCUGGCUGGGCCGGGGCGGCGAUUCCUGGUGCGUGGAGUUCUUUGAUGGGGAGUACACAGCCUGGCACGGAGGAGUGCCCCGUCAGCUGACUUUCACCAAACGCUUUUGUCGUGUUGGUGUCAUGUGCAGCUUACCCACAGGACUGGUGACAUUUCUUGAGGCCGACAAGAUGGCGCCGCUGUUCUCGUUCUGUGCGGGAACCUUCUCAGAUGGCCUCCACCUGGCCCUGUGUCCUGGACAUGACCACAAUGGCACCAAUGCAAAUCCUAUUGUAAUAUGCCGUGCUCUUUCUCCCACCAGUGAUCUCUGAUGAGACCUUUUAAUCACUUUUAAUUACUACACAUUCAUUCCAGUGUGUGUCUUAAGCUUUCAGAUUAACAGAAAUAUGCAGACUAUUUUUUCAAAAGGGGCAAUUUAUCCUUAGAUGCACCUGGUCUGAGUUUGUGGAUCCAAAGUCUACAUUCAAACAAACAAUGGACUCUUUGCAAAUAUGCUCUCUGAGCUUGUGGGUUCAAUCUAAAGUGCAGGCUUGGGAAAUUUGCUCAAAACUCAGUUGAAUGAAUUUCAAAAAGAAAAAAUAUAUAUAUAAAUUUCAAAGGUGGCUGAGACAGUGAUAUUGAUUUUCAUGUUCAUAAUUAUUAAAAGUGAUUAGGAAUCGCUUUUUUUACUUGGUAGUAUUGUAUUUAUUUCCAUAGAUAACCAGGCAAUAGCACAGCUAAAAUCAAUAAUUCUGACUCAGCAGCUGGGACGGAUGCCAAACAACCUCCUCCGAAUCAAAGGUUAGUGUAUUUACAAGAGUGUGAGUGAUCUGCCAGGCAGCACACUAUCAUUUUACUCUUCUGGAUGUCGUCUGAUCCCCACCAUGAACUUUAAGCUCAUCUUCCUCUGCCUCUUCUUAGCGGUGCUGCUCAUACCUGCUGAA